AUGGGAAGCAUUCUCAAUGAGGAGGAUGGCACCGACAUUGGAGGACUUUGGAAUCAAGCACUAGAAGAUUACGCUAGAGACAGUGGUAGUGAAAAGGAGAGAGGACCCGAUCUCAGGCUUCUUGAUCCUGGAAAAUGGACCGUUUCCGCCAUCCGAACCGAGCAGAAAUAUCAGCUGGAUGUCUUCUCACAGUAUCGCCAUGACAAAACCAAGGUCGAUAAGCUGCGUGCCUUGGUUUCGCACAAUUCCGAUAUCAUCGUGGGUGUUGCUGGCCAUGUCGCAAAUGCGGCAAGCGUGGCGUUUCCACCUGCAUCCGCGAUCCUGACGGCUUUCACGUACGUGAUGAGCGCGUCAAAGGCAGUCAGCGAUGACUAUGAUAUGAUUGAAUCUUUCUUUGAUAUCAUGAACGCUUUCCUGGAGAGAUUGCAGAUUCUGGAAAGCAAGUUGCCGGAUAGCAAGAACUUCAAAGCUGUCUUGAUGCGCGUGUUUGUAUCGCUGCUUGGGAUAUGCGCCAUUGCGAGAAAGUACAGAAUUAAAGGACGGUUCGUGAGAUGGGCUAAGAAUCUCGUUGACAAUGGUGACCCGAAUCUGAAAAGCGCUUAUGAGACUCUGCACAAGCACCUGCAGCGGCUAGAACAGGCGACCAUGAUGGCUACUCUAGCCCAGACUAUUGAGACCAGCCGUGAUGUGAGGGCUCUUGGCGCAGGACUCGACCAACGCUUUGAGCAGACCAACUUCUUGGUCAUAGAGACCAAGGGUUUUGCCAGGGACGCUGCCCUGACCUCUCAAGAAACGCUAGCAGCUGUUCGAGAUAUGGGUAAUAAUAGCGAGGCCCUCAAGGAGUUCCUUCAAAGCAACUUUACUACACUCAACAAGCGUCUACGUGAGCGCGAAGGGGGAGGCAAGGGCGCACCAAAGGAUGGGCUUGUUGACUCGGGGGCCAGGAAGUCGACUGCACUGAAUGAAGUUCGACAACGGCUCAGGAACUGCCAUGCCGUCAAUUGGGAGAACUCAUACAAGGAAAGUCGUCGUAGUUACGCUCCGGGCACUUUUGAUUGGCUCCCGUCCGAAGACGGCUUUACGGCGAUUGUUGAGGACAAGAUCAGGCUACUAUGGAUCACUGGAGAAGCCGGAAUGGGAAAGUCGACACUCACCGGAUUCAUUAUCGAGACUCUGCGAAGAGAGCUGAACUACGAACCGACUUCGUCAAUUGCCCACUUUUAUUUCAAAGAGGCAACUCGCUGGGCCAACAACUACACUACAGUCUUGUGUGCUUGCGCCGUCCAGGCGGCUGAGCAAGAUACACGAUACCGUGAGGAUAUCUUGACUGAUAUGUCACGUCAGCGCGACUGGGCCAAUCAAACAUAUUUCAAUACUAACGACAACGAGAGACUUGAGGAAGUGCUCUUCUUCUCAAAAUUCUCAACGGAAACUGGAGCCAGAAUUCAAAUCAUCAUUACCACAACUCCCGCAGAUGUCUUCACGGAAGCACCAACUGCCGAGUACAGACGCUUAGAUUUGGUUAAAGAACGAAUAUUCAGAGACAUCCGAAUUAUUGUCUCGUACCAAAUCAAGAACUUCUCUAGACUACGCAAGCUUACCCCUAAGCUACGACAACGGAUUGCCUUAAAGCUAAGACAGAAGUCGGACAACCUCCGAUACAUUGAGCAUAUGCUACGACGUUUCAAUGCCAUCGGACGGGAGGGACCCAUUUGGAAGGAGCUGGACAAUCUUCCUGAAAAUACACGGUCGCUCUACGAACAAAUGCUAGAAGAGUGCUGGAAACACCGUUCCGAUCAAGAACGCCAAGCGCUCCGCAAGUUCUUUGCCUGGUUAGCAUACAGCAAGGAGCAGCUUCUUCUGGGCAUGGCCAAAAAGCUUGUAUCCAUUAUUGCAUCGGAACAGACGAUCAAUGUUGAUGAAGAGCUGGACAACAAAUCUUCUCGACUACUGCGACUUUCAACAUGGUCUGAAGAAGAGGAUGCGAAGUCUGACACUAGUGAGAAUGAACACGAUAGCCACGACGAAGUGGAUGACAACAAAGAUGACGAAAACGCCGACAGUGUAGACGAUCUUAGCGCUUGGUUAGGGUUUCAAGAACCAUUGCUCAGAGCUUACUUCCGUGAGAAGAAAGUCGAUCACUCUGGAUUACGAAGUAGUCCAUCAUCGGGCAAUGCCAUAAUUCUUGAAGUACUAGCCCGCAUUCUAUGCGACGAAGGUGCGAAAGAUGCCAAGAACUCCUACUUAAAUCUCGUGACCUAUGCUGCGCAACAAUGGUUGAACCAUCUAAGGGACAUUGAUAUUGAUGAUCUGGAUGAUAUUGAAGCAUCGAGCGUGAUCACCAGCAUUCAUGCCAUCCUCAGCAAUAAAGACAACGCCUUAGCAAACGUUGAAAACCACGGUUAUUACUCCCUGGGAUCUUACUCGGAUAAUCCAGGAGUGUUUGCGUACGGCGACGAUGCGCUUCGCCAAAGCGAUCUGGAGAUGCUGAGAAAGUGGGCAACAAAAGCCAUCAGGCUUUCUUCGGGCAUUUGCCCUUCGACUGUCACAGAUUGGAUGCGGCCUUUCAUCCAGACACCAUCCCGUGUUUUCAUCACUCUGGCUCGGGGUCAUAUCAAUACUUGGUUCUUCAGUGCUGAUUCUCAAUUUCGCGCUGAUCUAUCUUUCCGCUAUGCACAUCAAGCGCUCUUGUCAGGAAAGGAUCUACCCGAAUUGGAGCAGAACAGGGACUUGCGAGAUUAUUUCGAGGAGUUCGAAAAGGACCAUCAUGUAUUUUCGGCAAAAUCGAUUUCGAUUGUCGCGAAUGCUUUUUGGGAUAUCGCAAAAACCCCACAAGCCUAUCGAUCAAUUGGUAUGGCACUCAAAUAUGGUGAUUUUACCAAUGAAGGCUUAGAGUCCUUGGAUAAAGCACUCCAAUUAGCUCAAGACUAUCAAGAUGAUCUGUCUUGUUUCCACACGUACGUCAGCAUAGGAGAGGGAAAGAUUUUUCAAGCAGAGCAUCGUUCGGACGACGACGCAGAGUUACAAAAGACGAGACUUUCUGAGUCUAGGGAGGCUUACGAGCAUGCCAUUGCACUCUGGCCGAGUCUGUCGGAGAAAGACAAAGCAACCGACGACUGCAAGGCAUCUAUCUGUGAAACAUAUGGAUAUCUUUCGGCCGUGUUUGUACUGGAGGAUAAAAUCGACGAGGCUCUGAGGGUGUUCAGAGAAGCGCAAGAACAGAAAAUCAGUAUAUGGGAAGAGCAUUUACAUAGGAUCUUAGAGUAUCUCGUCAAAAAGGAGGAGUGGGCGAAAGCGGUCGCUUUCCUCAAAGAUUUGACAAGGGAACAACGACAAGAGUUCCUAUUCUGGCCGAGACUUGAAGACCGACAUGACUUGAUUCAGAGAGCUGGGGGCGGAAAUGGAGACGACGAAUAUGUGCUCUCUCUCUACUCGGAAUUCAAUGAUGAUAGAGAUCUCACAAUUAGCAUGUGGGGCUCUGCCUGGCGUUUGUUCGAAGCCGAAUAUCGUUGGAGAGUCCUACAAAAGCCAGAGCAUUGUGCGCAAGCAAAGGUCCUCCUGAAUCAAGUCAUUGAGAACGAGCAAAGCACUUCCGCACAACGAUCAGAGGCUUGUUUCAUGCUAGCAGAUAUCUUGACCGAAGACUUUCGCAACACGGCCGACCCUACGAUGAAGACGAAAGCGUAUGAUGAGAUGAAAACUCUUGUUGCGCAUGUCUCGGAGGCCAUGGGAAACGAGUUUGAUGCAACACAGUCUCAGACAACCGUACCACUCGCACUGAUGACGAAGAAGCUAGGCCCGAGUAUCGAAUUUCAGCGAGCCCUAGAGGCAACCUUCGAAGGUUGUUAUAACGGGCUGGUGGACACAACUGGUUGGAAUGACAGUAUUAGUUUGAGAACUCUGGCCAAGGUUCUAUCUUGCUUGCGCGGUCUGGGGCUUGAUCGAGAUGCGGAGAUUGCGGCCACUUGUCAACUCUAUGUCCUGGACCAGGAGAUACAUCGACAAGAUUUAAUGAAUGGGGACCCUGGUUUCGAGCAACAAGAUGACACAGACCGACCACCGACGCCUCCUGGAGAAGACGGGGCCAACAAUUCCAGUCCUACAGAGGAUAAGGAACCAGAAGGCCACCUGCGCCUGAAGCCAAUAUUGUUACCGAAGAACCCCUAA